AUGGCAACCACAGGAGCUUGUCUUUGCGGCGAAGUCAAGUACCAAUACACCGGCGACAUCACGGCCAAAAUCUUCUGCAACUGCAAGGACUGCCAACGUUGGAGCGGAGGAACAGGCUUGCCGAAUGUUGUUGUCGACCGUGCGAAGUUCCAGAUAACCGCUGGUACGCCAAAGACAUUCGAUAUCGUAGGAGACAGUGGCAAGAUUAACAAGCACUUCUUCUGCGGAGCAUGUGGCUCGUCCAUGUACUGUGAGCCUGAGGUCAUGGAAGACAAGACCUGCAUCAAAUGUGGAAGUCUCGACGAGCCCGACGUAGCCCAGAUGCAACUCGAAAUCUACGUCAAAGACCGGGUGAGCUUCCAGAAACCAAUGGAUGGUGCCCAGCAAGUCGCGGGGGGUGUAUGA